UGUUCCUGCCACCACCUGGGUCAAACUUCUUUCCGGCACGGGGUGUAAGGUCCACAGGAUCAUCGGUAAAAGAACUCCAGAAAAGGACUCCUAGCUAAGCUGUGGAUAGCCUCUCAAGUCACUCCUUUAAAGUUCUGCAACUUGAUACAUACGCCAUUCUUUCUUUCUUUCUUUCUUUGGCUGCAUUAUCAUAUGCGUCAACAUUUCAUACGCUAGAUCCAGCAUCCAAACGGAUCCAACCAAAACACACUCACUCUUUUCAUAACCAAGUUUCUUCGACCUCGUGCCGGUGUUCACAUUCGAAUUAUCACAGCGACAGCGUGCCCGCUCCUUGGCCGUGCAAAAAUAUUCUACGAAAAGAAAAGAAGUCUCUUAAAAUAGAAUUCCAUUCUAUCGUCGACCCCAAUUGUUAUUGCAGGGGAAAAAGUAACCUUUCGGCUUUUCUUGUCCAUUUUCACUAUCCCUCAAGCCCUCAGAUUGGUGCCAUCUUUUUUACGUCCUGCAACGCCAUCUUUUCUUAGGACGCGCGACUGGACUCGCUUGGUUUGAAGGUUUUAGUUUUCGUUGAUAGACUCUGGAUAGGGGAAUUUUAGUGCCCUUUUUAUUAUUACUAUUGACGGCUCAAUUACGAUUCACAAACGAACCCAUAAGAAAUUAUUGCUGUCGAUUGGCUGUCUAUCUGUCUAUUUCCUUGUGUGCUGAGUAGAUUUGGGUAUGGAGAAAUCGGGAAAGCCUGGUAGCCACGACGGCGUAAGCGCCGGAGGGACUAACAAGAAUACGGGAACAGACGACGAUGAGGAUUUGGACAGAAGUGGAGUGGAUCGGGGGGGGGGCAAUUUUGGGUUGGGCGCCCCGCAGACAAUUGAAAGAAUCCGGAUCGAACCGGUUAGGCGCAAGACGACCCACCGCAGACACCAGCAAUUACAUGCCCGGCAGAAUGGUGUUGUGAGCGGGAUCACAGACUUAGUUGGGGAUGCGCACAGUGUCUUGCCAAGUAUUGUGAAGACAGGGGGGGACAUUGCUACAACUCCCCCCACACCUACUUCGUCCAUUCUUUCUCCCAUCCCAGAGUUGUCGAGCCUCAGUAUUCCGUCCAGCUCACCUGGGACCGUGGUCCCUUCAACCUCACCUUCGGAUUCUACGAGCUAUCCAGAUGUACCGGUCGGGAGCACCCAACAAACGGUACUCAGUUCUACCCCCCCUCCGUCCCCAGCGGAGACAUCUCCUGGGAUGGUAAUACCGCCCAUCACAAAUUCAGACAUUAUUUCUACUUCUCUAUUGACAGCCGAGUUGUCGUCGCCGAGUUCUACUUCCUCGUCGUCGUCCACCAUAGUAUCUCCAUCAACUACCGUGACAUCCUACUGGCCUUCCAUCAUUACGAAGAACGGAACCACAACUAGCGACACGCCGUCGGCCUCUAGUAUUACAAUUGAUGGUACUGUUAUUGUGUUUACAUCAGCUCCAUUUCCAACAGGAAUUAAUAACAGCACGUUGAGCCAUAAUACUACCACUUCGUCGACUUCGCUUUCGUUUACCUCGGGUUGGUCGCUUAAUAGUACAACGACAACAGCAUCGUCGACAACAACAACAACAACGUCAUCGCACUCGUCAGAAUCCCUGUGGCCUACCACUGCAGAUGCUGGAGAUGGAGGAGGGGGAGGGGGUGGUGUAGCGCCGACAAACACAGCGCCAUCGGUAUCGCCGAUCCCAACCGAGGGUUCUGAAGGAGGAGGAGGAGCACCAGUUAGUCCCAGGCUUCUUGGUGGCGUGCUUGGAGGAGUCGCCGGCAUCGCAUUGAUCCUGCUGGCUGUUCUCUAUUUCGUGAAGCGCCAUAAACGUGAGCUUGUGUUACAGGCGAGAGAUGAUGCUGGGUAUGGUGGCCCGGUCGAACCAGCUGGGGACCAGCCUGUGGCUGUGGUACCGGGGGAGAGGGGCUUUUACAAGGUCUCGGGGCGCAAGUUACCUCCUGUGAUCGGAGGCCCAAGACCGGGGGAGCUUGCUUCCCCAAGGUCUGCAGCAGGGUCUUCAUACUAUCAUGAUGAUGAAAUCAGUUGGAUUGGAGGACCAGGAACCCCGGUUUCUUCUGCGGGCGCGGGGCCCUCAAGGUAUUCUGGAGUUUCUGGGGGCGCCCCGUCUUCGCCUACAAUUCCUACCGCUCCUGGAAGCACCACCGCUCCUGUUGGACCUGCACCUAUCCUACCGCCCAUUGGUACGGCUAUGCCAGCAGGCCCUUCGAGGAUCCCAGAGGAGCACGAGAGCGAUCCUGAACUUGCCUCUCCUGGCGAGUCCAUGCCACCACCACUUCCACUACCAAUUGCCAAAACACCGAGCGCCCCGGGCAGUCAGACUGAUCUUAGUCUAACGUCUCCUACACGACCUCCGUUUUCUGGGGGGAUGAGUUCUGUAAGUGUGGGGAGUGCGGGGAGUGGGAAAGAGGGACGUUCUACAGGAGGGGUACCCGUAUCUGCUGGGCCAUCCGUACCCCCGGCCUCUGCAAGGCAAAGGAGUGCUGAGCGGGCAGGAAGCGCGGGAAAGGAUGGGGUGGGCAGAUCGUUACCAUCACACGAUGGCUCUCGGGCUUCACGGUUUACCGAGGACAUUGUAUGA